AUGGCUGCACGCCGACGCCGCGCCGCUGCUGCCCCGCCACAGACACCAGAUGCGAAGGCGCCGCGAUCGUCCUCCGCCGGGCAUCUGCCGCGACCUUACCGGCCGAGACUCGCGCUGCUGCUGCCGCCGCUGCUCGCCGUGCGCCUUUACGGUGCUCUCGCUUCGCCGAUCACUGACUGCGACGAAGCCUUCAACUACUGGGAGCCGCUGCACUACCUUCUGUACGGUCGCGGGCUGCAGACGUGGGAGUACAGCCCAGUGUUUGGGCUCCGCUCCUACGCCUACCUGGCCAUGCACGCCGCCUUUGCCCGGCUCGCCUCCUCGGUGCUGCGCAGCAAGGUCUCGGUGUUCCUCGCCGUGCGGUGCGCGCUCGGCUGCACCUCGGCCGUCCUCGAGGCUCGACUUGCCGCCCGCACCUGUGCCUGGGCGAGCGGCGAGGCGGGGGUCGCUCUGUGGGCUCUGCUGCUGAGCAGCGCGGGCAUGUGGCACGCCGCGGUCGCGCUGCUCCCCUCCUCCUUCGCGAUGCUCUGCGUCCUCGCCGCGUGGACCGCUUGGAUGGACGCCUCCCUCCCAGCCCUCCCAGCCGGCUCGCCGCCCGCGGACCGCAGCGUCCGCAAGGCGUACGGCGCCGCAAUCUUUUGGGUUGCGGCCGGCUGCCUGCUCGGCUGGCCCUUUCUGUGCGUCCUCGCCGCGCCGCUGGCGAUUGACGCCGUCGUGGCGCUCGGGCUGCGCCGGUUCGUCGCGCGCGCGCUGCUCGCGGGCGCGCUGCUCGCCGCACCCUCCGCGGCGGUCGACGGCUACUACUACGGCCGUUUCGUCCUCCCCUGGCUCAACUUGCUGCACUUUUACCUCCGCAACUUGUGCCUCAAUCUCAACCUCGCCCUCCCCGCGCUGCUCCUCGCGCCGCUCCUCCUCCUCGCCGGCCGCCUCGAGGAGCGCUUCCUCUUCCCCGCGUACCCCCUCUUCCUCCUUGCCGCCGCCCUAGCCGCCAGCGAGGCGCGCCGCGUCGCCGCCGCGCUGCUCGCGCGGUGCGCCCCACGGCGCGCGCAGCGUGGCAGGGAGGGCGGGCCGCACGGCGUUUGGCCUCCCCUCUGGGGCUUGCCUGCGGCCGCUCUCGCCGCGUCGGCUCUCCUCUCGGCGGGGCGCGUCGGCGCACUCGUCUCCUACUACGGCGCGCCGCUCGAGGUCUACUCCGAGGUGAGCGCGGCCCUCUCGAGCCGCGCAGACGACUCGCCGCUCCGUGUGUGCAGCGGCAAGGAGUGGUAUCGGUACCCCUCGUCCUUCUUCCUCCCGCUUGGCGCCACGCCCGCCUUCUACCGCGCGGGCUUCGACGGGCUGCUGCCGUCGCCAUUCUCAGCCCCACCCCCCGACGGAUCACGCGCCAUCCACGCUCAUUUCAACGACGGCAACCGCGACGAGCCCGCCGCCUACACCAGCGAGGACCGCUGCGACGUGAUCGUCGAUCUUGAGCUCCCGGGCGACGCUGCUCCGCGCUCGCGGGCCGGGUGGCACGUCUGGGCGCGCCGCCCGUUCCUGGACGCGGAUCGCUCGCCAAGUUGGUCGCGCGCGCUCUACGUGCCUUGGCUCACCGCGGGGCGAAACGUGUACGCGAAUUAUUCCGUGCUCGGCCGCCAGCCGCUCAUGGUCAUGCUUCAUGGUUCGGUAUAGCUGUCGUCGCGCGACUGCGCGGUGAACGUGAACAAGCGAAAACGAGAUGGCACAGUGGCCAGAGAGGCCGUCGGUGAGAUGGCUUUUGUCCUGAAAAAGGGUAGGGUUCACACAGUUUAGAUCAGUACACUGGUCUGGUUGGGCAGCCUGGUUAGAAGUUCUAAGCCUCGAGACUU